GCCAACAACCUUUUUCUUCGGCUGAAGUAGGUAGCAGAAUUCCUCCCCUUGAGGAUAGCAUCCUAUGAUCUGUGAAAUAUCUUCAUUGAUUGACAAGCAACUGUGAUCUCAUCUCACGCAUUCUCCCCUCGUUACUCUCACAUAUCCCAUAGGCAUAGGACUGUAUAAUCAUGACCACCACUUCUCACACAUCAUCUUCCAUAGCCGAUCAAGCCAUUGAUCUCAUUCCGCAGCUUUCGGCGGCUACUGGCAAGGACUUUGGCACCACUUUAGCUCAAUUCAGCCAAUAUGCAUUUGAGCUCUCAACUGCUUCAGAAGCUGAGAAAAUCUAUGCGACUUCUGUCUUGAAGGAAGCAUGGUCACAGUUGAAUCUGGACAAGGUAACAGACCACCAAGUGCCCGAAAUUGUAAAAGUCUGGGCCCGAAGGAAACCUCAAGAGGGAGAGGUAAUCCGAGCUCAGGUAAAAAGCGCGAUUAGCAAGGCCAAAGAAACCCUGGAAUCAUUCAAAGGGUCUUCAAUCAGUGAUGGACGGCUGAGGGAUGGCUUAAGCGAUCUAGUCAACAAGUUUUGUUUCGAUGCUUUGAGCGAUUGCAACAACACUGCCACGGCUACAAACUAUGUAAGCCAUUUCUUCUUCUUCUUGUAUUAACAGACAUUCGAGCCUCCCGUUAAUAUGGAUAUGGCCUUAAAAGGGCGGGAGCAACUCAUGCUAUACAAGCUCCUGCGGUCAAGGGUCGUGGGGCAGCAGCUUCAGCACGCAGUCGGGCACUUCCCGACACACCCCGACAAGCCUGAGAAUCAGUUUGUGUAGUAGCAAAGAGCUUUCCUGGCUUGAGGAGUCAGCAGUUUCCGAGGGACAUCCUUCAUUGUUACUUUCGCUCUCUUCAACAUCUGUAGUUGCUUAUUAGUUUUGCCGCAAAGACCAUUGCUUUUUUUGACUUCAUAUUUGAGUGAACAAUUAUUAU